AUGGUCUCAAGCUACCAGGGGGCGAUUCUGCUGCAGUUCAACGUUGGUGGGGACAGUCUCGCGUAUUCGGAAAUCUCUGGGGGAACCGGGCUGGAUGAGGCAACGCUCAAGCCAAACCUGGCGCUGCUUGUCAAGCAGAAAGUGUUGACGCAGGAUGAGGAUACGUAUGAUCUGAAUUUGGAGUUCAAGUCAAAGAAGAUCCGAGUUAGUCUCAAUGCGCCCAUCAAGGCUGAGCAAAAGGCCGAGUCUGCUGAUGUGAUGAAGACGGUGGACAAGGACCAAAAGAUGCUUAUCCAGGCACUUAUUGUCAGGAUAAUGAAAUCUCGCAAGACUUUGAAGCACCAAGCCCUGAUCCAAGAAUUGAUUGGCCAGCUCGCGCCGCGCUUCAAGCCGUUGGUGGUAGACAUCAAGAAGGCGAUCCUCCUCUCCUACAAUGGCACCAGCUACAAAUUUCCAAAUGUACGGAAAUCGUACUAG